AAAAAAGGAAACGAAACAAGUCGUAACGAAAACAUUAUCAAAGCAAUAAAGACUUUCUUUACAAACGAAAAUGGGCCUUUCCGUCUAGGGAUAUUCGCUUUGUUAUGUUGAUUGUUAUUUCCACUUGUGACGCUUGUCACUUGUCACAUUUCAAAUUUGAAACAAAAACGGUUUUUCAUUCAUCUUAAAUGUUAUUAAAAAAUACAGAAAUGGAAUUUGAGACGGUGAAAGCUAGUGAUGUAGUGAACAUAUUUAACGCAAUUCAGCAAAGUUCAGCGGCCCAUUUACAUUAUGCCACUAUACUGAAAAAUGCCCUCAAUAAUGAGGAUGGCAAUGAACUUUUCAGUACCUUUUGCAAGUGUCUACAUAAGACAUUUUUUGUCACUUGUAAGGAAGAUAUUUACAAUGGAAGAAUUUUCAAAUUUGUGCUCGUGCUAGUCACGACAUUUAAACCAAAAAAUGACGAUGUAAUUCACCCAAUCUUAAGAAAGAUUAUUCAGCAUCUCAUAUCUCUCUCAUACUUAGACAAUGAGCCGCUCCGUUAUUGGUCUUGCAAAUUAAUUAAUGGGAUCAUGAAAAAUGUAGAGGAAAUCGAUGACGACCUGUUUGAAGAAUUUAAAAACGCAAUGAUGGAACGACUGAUGGAUCCAAAAGCGGCUAUAAGAGGUCAAGCUAUAACUGCAUUGCAUCGUCUACAGGACCCUUCAGACAAAAAUGAUCCCAUAACUCGUGAAUUGUGCACUCUCAUUAAUUCUGAUUCGUGUGCAAAAUUGCGUCAGGUGUGUGUAGAAAAAGUAGCUAUAAAUAAACACGUUCUCUCCCUGGUCUUGGAAAGAAUGAGAGACAUUCAUUUAGAUGUUAGACUAGCAGCUUUUGAAAAAAUACGUCCACUAAUCAAAUAUUUGAAUUUGUCUCAAAGGCGUUAUAUAUUACAAUGUGGAUUUACUGAUUCAUCACAAAAAGUCCAAGAUUUUACGUCAAAUGUUUUGGUAAAAAGUUGGUUGGAAGAUUACACUAAUGAUUAUGUGAGGCUAAUUAAAGCAAUUCGAUUGGAUGCUAGUGUAGACGAUAUUAAAAAAACUACUUUCUUUGCUGAGAAAAUGCUACAGGCAUUGUUUAAGUACACUCCAAUCGAUGAAAUAAUCUCUUGUGUUAAUUUAAAUGAAGAAAAAUUAGUAGAAUAUGAAAAACUCAACUGGGAUACUAUCUUGUAUUAUAGGAUUGUUGUGCAAUUCUUGCAACAAUCUCCCGAAUUUGAAGAUACUUUAAACACCAUUUUGCCCGAUUUAGUUUUGUUUUGUAAAUACAUCAAAGGGUAUAUUGAAUUUAUCAAAACUAAAGAGAAUUUCGAUGAAUUGGAAUACCAUUUCAUUCUAAAACAAUUUUUUAUUAUUACUGAAACAUACGAUGUUAGUGAUAGUGCAAGUCGCCAAUGUUUAAAUUCCCUAAUUCAUGACAUACUGAAAAAAGAGGCUUUACCAACAAGUGUGGAAGAAAUUAUAAUACGCAAUUUGGAAAAGACUAUUCCGAGUACAAAUAGUCGAUUGGUUUUUGUCUGCGAGAUAAUAUCUGAUAUCCUUUACGGUGAGGAAGAAGUAACUUAUGAAGAGUUUGAAAGACAAGAAACGGAGAAAAACCACACGAUAUCUCAACUAAAUUCGGACAUCUCAUCGCUACUAGAACAGGAAAAAUAUUAUGCUUUUGUUGAAAAAAACUACUCUGAGGCUAAACGCAUAAAGGAGGCAAUUUCUGAAAAACAAACUGUCUUGGAGAAUCUCAAAAAGGUGCAAGAGAAACCAGAGAUGGAGAAAAAGACCGAUUUGGCAACAAUGUUGAAAUGUUUAACUAUCACAGAGGCACUUUUGCUUUGCCCUAAGGUGAAUUACACCCCCGUAAUUGCCACUUUGACUAUUGAACACAUAAACCCUGCUAUGCUGUAUGACGAUUCAAGAGUGCAAGCGAAAGCUCUCAAAUGCUACGCCUUGUGUUGUCUUAUCGACAGAAAAUGUGCCAUUCACGGCAUUCAUUUAUUUUCUUCUAUGGUUAUUUCACCCAUCAUAACCAAAAAUUAUGAAAUUCUUAAACUUAGCUUGCAAGCCGUCACCGAUAUUUUGAUCUUGUAUGGAACAAGUUUAGUUGAAGAAAAAGACGAAGAAACGGGUGAAUCGGAACCAGCAAAUAUCUGUUUUGUUGGGGGGACUUCUUUGACGACUCUUAUUCAAGCAGUCAUCAACUACAUGCAAGACGAGGAUCCGGAAAUUGAAGAGACUGCCAGCCAUUGUGUCUCCCUGUUAUUGUUGCGAAACCGUCUCAUUGCAUCUUCAGUUUUAUCAGCACUUAUCAUAAAAUGGGCAAAUCCGGCAACAAGCAAUGAUGGUGUAAAACAAUUCAUUGGCUAUACCUUACAAUCACUUACAACUUUACCAAAUUGUGAAUACUUUGCCGAUGCGGUUUUGAGUACAAUGAAAACUAUAAUCUAUGCUCCUAGAAAAAGUCCUUUAUGUGAGAUUGAUAUAGACAAUAUUAUAAAAUUUAUGGUAACUUUAUGUCAAAUGUGUACUCAGGGGACUGAAAUUCUCGCUGAUUUAGCAUUUAAAAUGUGUAAUCAAAUGCGGGAAAAGCCGAAGAUCAAGAUAAAUCCCUAUUUUACUAAAACACUUUCAAUGAUAGAUUUAUCAAAGAGUCAAAGACUGGACAGUAUUUUGUAUAUAUGUAAAGAAUUACAAGACGUUAUUGAUAAACAAAGUUUAAAAAGUAUUACGAAGUUUAUUACAAACGCAACAAAAAACGUAAAAUUAGUUCCCAUCACUGAAGAAUAAAUAAGUGCAAUGAUUUAUUUUAUUUAAUAUUUGUACAUAUAAUUUUACUAAACACUUUUCCUAAUUUUCAUUGAAUAAAAAAAAGA